CCGAUCCCAACCUCUGUCGUGAAGAUUCCAAUCCCUUGCGCCCGUUAUUAACAUCCGGACAAUAUGGCUGAACAUCCUUCCUUUACUCUUGCUGCUCUUUUGCCUGCAGGGGGCGUUGCCGGAUAUUUGCGGACGCGUUCGGCGCCUUCUUUGAUCGCGGGAGUUGGGCUAGGAGUUUCCUAUGCGUGUGCCGGUUACCUGAUUAAAGAAAAUAAGGACUAUGGCACCGAACUUGCCUUGGGAAACAGUCUAGUCCUGCUAGGCGCUGGUGUCUCCCGGACCAUCAAGACCGGGGCAAAGUCUCCUAUACCUAUAGCUCUUGGAGCGACGGGCUUAUUGGCGUCUUACUACUACCAGAAGAAGGUCCGAGAAUUUAGAUACGGGGUCUAAAUCAUAUGUGGCGAAUUCGUGAUCCAUCACGUUGAGUUCUGGAAGUUCGAGGCAGAACAAAAACCACGAAUAUGGGCUGCCUCUGUGUAUAUUAUUGGAACUAAAUUCAUCUCACUCUUAACUAGCC